AUGUCAGGUAUUGACUACUCCAAAUGGGACAAGUUCUGCGAAAGCGACGAGUCCGACGGCAGCGAAGGGGCGUCGGGAAGGCCCAGCGUCACUCGGCUGCAGUACCCAUCGCGUGUCACCGUUGGCCCAAAUGGUGUGCAUAUGGAGACCGUUCCCCCAAAGGCAACAGCCUCACCGUUCAAUGGGACAAGUGACGUCACACUCACAAACUGCGCCAUUCCUACUACAACGGCUUCUGCUGCUGAUGCUGCUGCGUCUUGUAAUUCGAGUGUUGUACCGCCCUCAGUGCCAAAAAGCCGCCAAGACGAUGAGAUGGAGGAAGACGAGAUGAUGUACCGUAACCUGACACGCAACGGGGCGCAUGAAGGAGAGUCACACAUUUGGUCGCAGACACAGGACACGGCCUCCGUCAGCUUCAUCCUGCCCACGAUGCAAACCAAGGGAAAGGACAUCUACAACUUCCGCCUCUGCGCGGAGGAGCAGCCAGACCGCACCUCCUUGUGCGUGCUGUCCUUUGGAGUGCGAGGCCUCCAGGGCGAGCGUCGCUUCGUCUUCCGCUAUCCGGUGAAGGUCGACGACGAGGUUGUGGAGGGUUGCUGGCAGCUACACUCGCUUACUACCAAGUCCAUGCGCCUCAUGGUUGUGCAGUUAGUAAAGGAGCCGGUGGGAGUGGGGAUGUCGCUCUGGUGGGACAAGUGCUUCCUCACGGACCAGACGACAGUCGAUACAACGAAGAUAUCUGGCAGGAGCGACGCCGCGGCAGCACGUGCCGAGCAGUUCCAGAAGACGUGGGAAGAGGCGCAUGCGGAAUUCAAGAACCGGAUAAGCGAGCGCCAGGGCAGGCAGAUCAUCAUUGAAGGCGCUGAUAAUUGCGAGGGUGGUGACGACAACGAGUAA